AUGAAGAUUGGAGCCACAGUGAUUGCAGUAUACAUGAGGGGUCAUUCGGUGUUAAUAAUUGUGAGACCAGCUAAGGAGACUGUCUAUGACAUGAAUUCAUUGUCAAACCGCUCUGUUGACGAGAACAUGAGAAAUAUAGUGAAUACGUAA